AUGAUGUCAUCUCCUUUGAAUAAUAAACGAAUUGUUAAAUUGAAAAUGGAGUCAAACAAAUUAAUAGCAAAAAAUUUGUUUAUAAUAAAUACUUUUAAAUUNUGGGGUAUUGCAUGGGAAAUAAUAAUUUUAAUUUUAAAUCCAACGCCAUAUACUCGAUAUCAAACAAUAGAAUUUCAAUAAAGAUACACAGAAACAAUAAGAUUUUAUUUUUUAAAUGAAAUUCUAACAUUUCUUGGAAUGUUUAAAGGAUUCUUAUUAUUGAAUAUAAUAUUCAAAUUCUAGAAAUAUUCAUCUUCAAGAAUAGGUCGAAUUUGUAGAUUAUAUUCAGCUGAUUUCAAUACUCAUCUAAUGUUAAAAUUAUGUAUAAGAGAUAAACCAUUUGAAACAUUAUCAAUUUUAUUUGCAGGUGGAAUGUUUGUAUUUGGAUAUUCUUUGGAAGUUUCAGAAAGAGCUCUUUUUAGACUAGAAGAUUCUUUAGAUCCUUCUUAUAUAAGUAAUAGAUUUUGGAUAAAUCUUAUUACAAUAUUUACUGUUGGAUAUGGUGAUUUUUUUCCUUAUACUGAUUUAGGAAGAGUGGCUAUGGCUUGUAGUGUAGUUUAUGGUGUUGUAGUUACAUCUCUUUUUACUGCCACUCUAUAUAAUUUACUAACUCCAUUUAAUGGUGAAUUUUUAGCAUGGGCAUUAUUAGAUAAGGCAAAAGUAAGAAAAACAAUCUUCAACGUUAGUGGAAAUAUUUUAUUAAAAUUAAAUGAUUUAACUAAAAAACAUGCUGGAUAAUUUAAAACCAUUGAAGAAGCAAAUGUUGUUAAAGAUUAAAUAGCAACAUUGAAUAAUCUUUUAUAAGAGAUUAGUACUCUAAAAAGAUAAUAUCGUGAUAUUGAUGGUGAAGAAUUCAUGGCUAUGGUUAAAAGAAAGUUUAAAGAUAUUAAUGGAUAAUUUGAAGAUGUAUAAGAAUUCUUAGAAAAAAUAUAAAAAUAAUAGAAACUUAUAAGUACUACUAUAGAAAAGCCUUUUGAUUUUUCAAUUAAAUAAUCAAUUAAAGUCAAAGAAACUAGUAAAGAUGAUGAAUUCUUUGAUAAUUUAAAUGAAACUGUUAAUUGUUCUCACUUAAUGCGUUUCGAGGAAGACUGA